AUGAAGGACCAAAUCCCAACAGGCUCAUAUGUCAUCCGCAACAAGCAAACCUCAAGCGUCAUACAUGUCGACAACCCCGCCACCGCCAGCGCCUCUCUGAACAAGAAGUGGAGCGUUGUAGCCUGCGAGCAGAACGAAUCCAGGUAUCCGGAGCAGCAGGUCUGGUGGGUCGAGCCCUUCCCGACCAGUGGUGGUGGUGAUGAUGAUGAUGAUGAUGAUGGAGAAGCUGUGACAUAUUCCAUCACGAACUGCGCUACGGGGAGGUGCUUGGAUGCGAAUUUGGGGGGUGCGAAUGCUUAUUACAUGCCGAGACACGAAGCCACAAAGGGAGAAUGGCGUCUUGUGGCCUACGAGAACAAGGGUGCGCCAUGGCAGAAAUGGAGGAUUGAGAAUGUGUCGGACGACAAGGACGAGCCAUACUACCGCAUCGUCAACGUCUGGAACAACGAGCUCCUCUCCAUCGCCCGCUCCGGCGCCGAGUCCGGCGAGUCCGGCCCCCGCUGCAACAUCGGCAAGGCCGAAGCCACGCCCGUCAAGACCUGGGAGUUCAUCGUCCCCAUCGUCGCCUUCCCGCCCGGCUGGUGCCGCAUCCAGAACUGCGAGACCCUCGACCUCCUCAGCCAGUCGUACCUCUCGAACCCGCCCGUGCUGCUGAACCCGCCGGCCAGCCCGCCGCAGCCGCAGUUCCGCGAGAGCUGGGCGGAGCAGUGGGUGCUCGCGCACACGAGCUACCUGUUCCCCGACUACAAGAUCGGCACGGGGGCGAACACGUGGUGCGUGCGCAACCGGCUCACCGGCGGGUAUCUGGGGUGCGUGUAUAACGACAGGUACCCGUUCAUCGGCGGGCAGGCGGUGUCGGCGAACGACUGGGACCUGACGGAGGACGAUAUCUCGGCCCAUACGUGGAAGCUCGAGAUUGAUCCGAGCUGCACAACGAACUGGAAGCUGAUACAUCACAAGACGGGGUUUCUGCUGGAGAGGGGGGAGGGCAUGGUGCAUGGCGGGGUGGAGGUGCAGUGUAAGGAUAAGAAGUUUGCGAGGGGGAAUAAGCAUAAGACGUGGCAUUUGGUAUCGCCGGUUGUUGAGAGCGCCGAAGCGGAGGCCCCGCCGGAAUACGAAAUCCAAGCCCAAUAG